UGCUACCGCACCCCCUGUCGGUCAGCACACUAAAUCUUUUUUGCCGGUGUUGCAAGGACACACACGUCCACACACAGAGCUACAGAAAACACACAUUAUGAAAAUGAUGUAACUUACUGUAAGGACUCUGGUUCGAAUCCCACCUCCGGUCCGGUAAAAAUUGCUGGUGUACCGGUGUAUAUUUCGGACUCGCCUGUGCGCGUGGGGGUGGUGAGAGCGUAAGCGUGUGCGCCGACCGCAUAUCGGGCAGAAGUGCCGCCGUACACCGCUUUGUGCGCUACGCUGUCCUCGAGACAACGGGCAGCAAGGGGUUAAUGUUGGAGGAAGAGGAGGAGGAGGAGUUUAUCGAGGGUGGGUCGAGUGGCCGGGCACGAGAGCGCUUCUUAACUGCCUUGAAAGCGGACGGCGCUCCGCACGCUGCACGCACCUGGACGGACACACCUGCGCAGCGCAAACACACCUGGACGCCGGAGGAAACGUCUGCUGUAGCUGGAUCGAAGAGCUGAACGACACAGACACACACACUCAUAUCUCAUCCGCUGCCGCGGCCUCUCGAACCCGGAGCCAUGGUGCAGGCCAAGACCUGGACCCUGAAGCGCCACUUUGACGGCUUCCCCAAAGCCAGCGACUUCGAGAUGAAGCUGGAGCAGCUGGCAGAGCCCCGGAGCGGCGAGGUCCUGCUGGAGGCGCUCUUCCUCAGCGUAGACCCCUACAUGAGGCCUUACAGCCGAGUGCGCAUGAAGGAGGGAGACGUCAUGAUUGGGGGACAAGUUGCCAAGGUUGUCCAGAGCCGGAACCCGAGCUUCCCGGCGGGGUCCGUCGUGGUGGCCAACUGCGGCUGGCGCACGCACGCCGUGUCGGACGGCGCGGCUCUGACCCCCCUGGCAGCAGGAUGGCCGCAGGAAGUUCCCUUGUCCUUCGCUCUGGGGGCGGUCGGCAUGCCGGGGCUCACGGCUCUCUACGGCCUGGAGGAGGUGUGCCAGCUGAAGGCCGGAGAGACCGUGCUGGUGAAUGCUGCGGCCGGAGCCGUCGGCUCUGUGGUCGGACAGAUCGCCAAGAUCAAGGGCUGCAGAGUGGUGGGCUGUGCCGGCUCAGACCGCAAGGUGGCGUACCUGAGGGAGCUGGGGUUCGACGAGGCCUUCAACUACAAGACGGUCACAUCGCUGGAGGAAGCGCUGAAGAAGGCCUCACCCGAGGGAUACGACUGCUACUUUGAGAACGUGGGGGGACCCUUCUCGAGCGCCGCGAUGCCCUUGAUGAAGCCCUUCGGCCGCAUCGCCGUGUGCGGCAGCAUCUCGCUGUACAACGACACUACGCCCCAGACUGGCCCCUACAUCCACACACACAUGAUCUUCAAGCAGCUGAGGAUGGAGGGCUUCCUGUGCAGCCGAUGGGCCCGGAAGGACCAGGAGGCCCUGCAGAAGCUUCUGGCCUGGGUGAAAGAGGGGAAGCUCAAGUGCCAUGAGCACGUCACGCUCGGGUUCGAGAACAUGCCUGCGGCCUUCAUGGGGAUGCUCCGGGGAGAGAACACGGGGAAGGCCAUCGUCAAAGUGUGACGCCGGUCUGUGCCGCACGGAGCCGCCGGGACAUCUGCGUAAGAGGAGGCGUACUUUCAAACCCUGCCGUUCGUUCCCGGAUCGCUCGGCAGCCCGUCCGCGCUCCCGUGCGUCCCGUCUACCCAUGAUCCAUCAGCCACCCAUCAUCCAUGUCCUGCCUCUUCCCAGUUCUCUCUCUCUCUCUCUCUUUCUCCCCCCCCCCUUCCCUCUCCCACCCUUCUGCUCUUCCUGCCCCUGAACUGUG